AUGCACGUCACCAAGAAACUCGAGCUGGCUCACCAGCAGAACAAGCCCACCUUCUCUUUCGAGUUCUUCCCUCCCAAGACGGCGCAGGGCGUGCAGAAUCUGUACGACCGCAUGGACCGCAUGCACAAUUUGGGCCCGGCAUUCGUCGACAUCACCUGGGGCGCAGGCGGGAGGCAUUCCCAGUUGACCUCGGAGAUGGUCAACGCCAGUCAGAAUUUCUAUGGGUUAGAAACGUGCAUGCAUUUGACCUGCACGGACAUGGAACGACACCAAGUCGACGAAGCACUUCGUCGUGCAUACAAGGCAGGCUGUACAAAUAUUCUCGCGCUGCGUGGAGAUCCGCCCCGCGACCAAGAAAAGUGGGAGGCAAAGGAAGGUGGUUUCCGGUAUGCAAAAGAUCUGGUCAAGUACAUCAGAGCAAGAUACAAGAACCAUUUCGACAUCGGAGUUGCCGGCUACCCCGAGGGCUGCGACGACCAAAGGGAUGUGGACGUGCUGAUCGACCAUCUCAAGGAAAAGGUCGAUGCUGGAGCCAGUUUCAUUAUCACACAGAUGUUCUACGAUGUCGAUAUCUUUCUUGGCUGGGUGAAGAAAUGUCGUGAUCGGGGAAUCAGUGUUCCGAUACUUCCUGGGAUCAUGCCUAUUCAAACGUACGCUGCGUUCGUGAGACGAGCUAACUGGACCAAAUGUCACGUCCCGCCCGGAUGGUUCGAGGCCUUGGAGCCGGUCAAGAACGACGACGCUGCCGUCAGGGCCAUUGGAAAAGACCUGGUGGCUGACAUGUGCCGCAAGAUUCUCAAUUCCGGAAUUCAACAUCUUCACUUCUACACCAUGAAUCUCGCGCAAGCUACUCGCAUGGUCCUCGAGGAUUUGUCGCUGACACCUGAAACCUCCGGAAUGCCACUCGAGAAACCGCUACCCUGGCGCCAGUCUUUGGGAUUCAACCGCCGGGACGAGACGGUCAGGCCAAUCUUCUGGAGAAAUCGGAAUGCAUCGUACAUCAGCAGGACAGCCGACUGGGACGAGUUUCCCAACGGCCGUUGGGGCGACAGCAGGUCUCCCGCCUUUGGCGAACUGGAUGCUUAUAGCAUCGGGCUGAAGGGCACCAACGAAGCCAACAUCAAGCUAUGGGGAAAACCAAAGUCCCUUCGCGAUGUGACGGGGCUAUUCGUACGCUUUCUGCAAGGUGACUUGGAUCGACUCCCGUGGAGCGAAGGUGCCAUCUCUGCCGAAGCCGACGUCAUCAAGGAUGAUUUGCUACAGUUGAACAAGCACGGAUUCUUGACCAUCAAUUCUCAGCCCGCCGUGGAUGGUGCGUCUUCCACCCAUCCAGUCUAUGGAUGGGGUCCUGCAGGCGGCUGGGUCUACCAGAAAGCAUACCUGGAACUGCUUGUCUUCCCCUCCAUGUUCAAGGCCGUGAUGGACCGACUCAACGCCGACAAAAACCUCACCUAUUACGCGGUAAAUCGGAAGGGCGAACUGUACACAAACACCAAGGACGAAGGUCCGAACGCCGUCACUUGGGGCAUCUUUCCGAACCGCGAGAUCGUGCAGCCAACCAUCGUGGAAACAGUUUCCUUCCUGGCCUGGAAAGACGAAGCGUUCCGUCUCGGGCAGGAUUGGGCGAACUGCUACCCUGCGGGUUCCGGAAGCAGAAAGCUGAUCGAGAAAAUCAUGGACGAGUGCUACCUGGUCAACAUUGUCAACAACGAUUUCCACCAAAACAAGGAGAUCUUCAAGGUGUUUGAGGGUCUAGAGACCAAGGAUCUCGAUUUAGUCAUCGACGACAAUGCUUCCGGUCACAUAGAAAACGGGACCAAAGACGUCCCAAACGGUGACGCUGAGAAAGGCCUUACGAACGGGGCACAACGCAAAGCCCCUGUCAAGGCCGAUGGAGAGGUUCUCUCCAACUGA